AUGCCGCAAAUUCACCUCGGCGUAUACUUGACAUCUGGCAAUGAGACGACAAAAGCUACAAAAUGGGCACUCGAGGCCGGAUACCUUGCUGUUGACAGCGCCCAGAUGUACCACAACGAACGCGAGGUUGGCAAUGCCAUGACGGACUUCCUCAAGUCACCAAACAACAUUGCGAAUCUCAAGCGCGAGGACAUUCACUACACAUCAAAGCUUGCGAGCAACAGCGACUACAACACAGCAAGAAAGAGCAUCAAGAAGAGCGUGCAAGAGUGUGGCCUGGGGUAUAUCGACCUCUUUCUCUUGCACAGCCCGUAUGGAGGAAAGAAGGCCCGUCUGGAGAGCUGGCGCGCUGUUGAAGACGCCAUAAUGGAUGGUGAGAUCAAGAUCGGUGGUGUCAGCAACUACGGUGUCCAGCACCUGCAGGAGCUCCUCGACUCGAAACCGCGCAUCCCUCCAGCUGUGAACCAGAUCGAGGUGCACCCGUUCAACACGCGCACCGACAUCACCUCUUUCUGCCAGAAGAACGACAUUAUGGUCGAGGCAUAUGCUCCUCUGGCACGCGCUCUACGCAUGAAGCACCCCGUCAUUGUCGAACUCAGCAAGAAGUAUAACUGCAACCCAGGCCAACUGCUGGUGAGAUGGUCGGUACAGCAUGGCUAUGUGCCGCUGCCCAAGAGCGUCAAGAAGGAGCGUAUCGUGCAAAACGGCGACAUUGGAGGAUUCGAGAUUGAUGAGAGCGACAUGGCCAAGAUGGACGGACUGGACGAGUAUCUGGUGACAGCUAAGGAUGAACUGAAGAGGAAAAGAACUGGGAUCCGACGGAUGCGCCGUAAAUCCCCGCCUGGCACCGCUGUCGGAGUGUUGCUAUCUCAAAUGUGA